UAGGUCCUUAGCGUUUAGUUGAGUGCAUUUUUAGAGUCGUAGACAGCAAUAUCCUUUAUUACUAGCGUCUCCAACCCUUUUAUCUGUGUGUGUAUAGCUGAGAGGACGAAGUAGAAAUGGCGGCGCUUAGUUUGAUCGUAUAUUUGUGGUCGUUUUGACCCAAUCAACACUUGUGCUAACGUUAGCCUGUUAGCAGUCCUGCUUGUUUACUACAUUUUUUUUCCAGCCUCCAACCAGCACGGACUUCCUCUGUACAUUGUCAUUUAAGGAGUAUCUGACACUUAAAAGAUGUUCCUGGUGGGGCUGACUGGAGGUAUUGCCUCAGGGAAAAGCGCAGUGUCUUCAAUGCUGCGGGAGCUUGGCUGCCCCAUUAUUGAUGCUGAUGUUGUGGCCAGGAAAGUCGUGGAGCCUCACACUCCCGCCUAUUCCCGCAUCGUCUACCACUUCGGGCCCGAGAUCCUGCUUGAGAACGGGGAGAUUGACAGACAGAAGCUUGGUCAGCUCAUCUUCAGCAACGAAGAAAAGAGGAAGCUGCUGAACUCCAUCACCCACCCGGAGAUCCAUAAAGCAAUGCUGAAAGAGAUCUUGUUCUACUUUCUCAGAGGGUACCGCUAUGUUGUGCUCGAUGUCCCUCUUCUCUUUGAAACCAGACGGCUCACUCAGUUUCUGAACCACACCGUCGUAGUAUACUGUGAUCCUGCCACUCAGCUAUUGCGCCUGAUGCAGAGGGAUGGCCUGACACAGGAGCAGGCCGAGCAGCGCGUGGCUGCACAGAUGCCGCUCAAUGAAAAGCGCGGCUUGGCCAAUCACGUUAUCGAGAACUCAGGCAACCGGGAGGACACCCACCGCCAGGUCCUGCGGCUGCACACAAAGCUGGAAGACUCCAUGGACUUCCUCUUAGUGAGGGUCAUUGCUAUUGCUGCCAGUGCUAGUCUGGGUGGGAUACUGCUAUAUGCAGCCAAGAUGCUUUUGUCCUAACAGAGGACAGGCGAGGGAGAGAACAGAUUGGUCCAGGAUGUGGUCAAAGAUGAGGGUGGAAAUAGAAAGAGGCAAAUGCAGGUCGGAUGUGCCCAUGCAAUUUACUGUGAGAUUAGUUUCACAGCACCCACCACUACAGCUCAGUGAUGUGAGGUGCUCUGUUGGCUGUUAACCCAGACUUACAUUAUUGACAUAACUUGCACUGACAAAUGUGGCUUAGUUUGAAGGGUUUCUAUGUGUAAUUUCUGUUGGUUUUACUCUGAGACACUUAAAAACAUGAAGGCUAUACCCAUAGUCUUGGUUGUUGUACAAGCUGCCACCCAUCCUUGCUCAGUUAGAAGAGUGAUGCUCUCAACAAGGAUCACAGAGUAGAGCUCUGGCUAAAUCUUUGCUUUGGCGCAGCAGUCAACACAACUAUAGGAAGAGAUUUUAUUUUGCUAUGGCUUAGUUAUGUAUGAGAGUAUGGGGUGAUGGUACAGAUUGUAAAUAGAAACACAAGACAUCAGAAAGAGUAAAUGAACAAUUAAUAAGUUAUACAUUCUUAACAGUUAUAGAUGUCCAGAAGUCACUGUGGUUUCUUGAGCUAUUUAUUUAGCACCUCUCUUCAAAUUUUUUAGCCCAUAACAUACAAAAAUCCCACUGUUACUGUAAAAGUACUGAAUAUGAAUGAUCCGAUCCCUAUGGAUUAUGUUAAGAUUGUAUGUUAAUGACCUGUAUAAUGAAGAUGUAUGACAGAAUUUAUUUGACAAUCCAUUUUUAAUGGGAACAGUGUGAAUUUACAUGAAUUAACGAGACUUUAUAUUUAUGACUGUAUUUUCUUACACUUGAAGCGUUCCUCUGUAAAUACCAAGUCUGUGAAGGGUUUUUUUUUUCUGUUCACACUCACUCACAUUUAAAUAUAAAUGAUCAAACACUA